AUGGCUGCGGCACGCGUAAACAAGACGGCCCUGCACCCUGGCGGUGUCGAGCCCGUCCACGAGCACACUGAACUCGAGGAGGAACUCCACGAGCGCGCACACAUCGACUACGACCGUGUGGCCAUUGUCGCCAACCCUUCUGUCGCAGCACUCUACGAAGACGCGCUCGUGUACGAGACUGGAUCGGCCAUCACCUCCAGCGGAGCUCUGUCCGCCUACAGUGGAGCAAAGACUGGCCGCUCGCCCUCGGACAAGCGCAUCGUGAAGGAGGAGGGCUCAGAGAGCGAUGUGUGGUGGGGUCCGGUCAACAAGCCCAUGACGCCCGAGGUGUGGCGUAUCAACCGCGAGCGUGCCGUCGACUACCUCAACACCCGCAACCGAAUCUACGUGAUCGAUGGCUUCGCCGGCUGGGACGAGCGCUACCGCAUCAACGUCCGAGUCGUCUGUGCCCGUGCCUACCAUGCUCUCUUCAUGUACAACAUGCUCAUCCGACCAUCGAGAAAAGAGCUCGAGCACUUCCACCCCGACUAUGUCAUCUACAACGCCGGUGCCUUCCCGGCCAACAGAUACACCACAUCCAUGACUUCCAACACCUCCGUCUCGAUCAACUUCUCCGAAAAGGAGAUGGUUAUCCUUGGUACUGAGUACGCUGGUGAGAUGAAGAAGGGAAUCUUCACUGUUCUCUUCUACGAGAUGCCAGUCAAGCACAAUGUCCUCACUCUCCACUCCUCUGCCAACGAGGGCCAGAACGGGGAUGUCACCGUCUUCUUCGGUCUCUCUGGAACUGGCAAGACUACGCUCUCCGCCGACCCCAAGCGUGCUUUGAUCGGAGACGACGAGCACUGCUGGAGUGACAAGGGUGUCUUCAACAUCGAGGGAGGCUGCUACGCCAAGACCAUCGGUCUCUCGGCAGAGAAGGAGCCAGAUAUCUUCAACGCCAUCAAAUUCGGUGCCAUCCUCGAGAACGUCGUCUUCGACCCAACCACCCGUGUUGUCGACUACGACGACUCGACCCUGACCGAGAACACCCGCUGCGCCUACCCCAUCGAAUUCAUCGAGAACACCAAGAUUCCCUGCCUUUCGACCAAUCACCCAUCGAACAUCAUCCUCCUCACCUGCGACGCCCGCGGUGUCCUCCCCCCGAUCUCCAAGCUCAACAGCGAACAGACCAUGUUCCACUUCAUUUCUGGUUACACAUCUAAGAUGGCCGGUACCGAACAGGGUGUGACUGAACCUCAGGCUACUUUCUCGUCUUGCUUUGCCCAGCCUUUCCUUGCCCUCCACCCAAUGCGCUACGCCAAGAUGCUUGCGGACAAGAUUCAGCACCACAAUGCCAAUGCUUGGUUGCUGAACACUGGCUGGACUGGUGCUGGCGCUACCACUGCUCACACAUCCAACAACUAUACCUCCGUUAAAUACACCCGCGCCAUCCUCGACGCCAUCCACAGCGGUGAGCUCGCGAAAUCCGAAUACGAGAACUACGAGGUCUUCAACCUCCAAGUACCCAAGAACGUCACCAACGUACCCGACGAACUCCUCAACCCGGCCAAGAGCUGGUCCGGAACCGCCGACUUCAAGGACGAGGUCACCAAGUUGGCCGAGCUGUUCAACGAGAACUUCAAGAAGUACGCCGACGAGGCCACUCCAGAGGUUAUCAAGGCUGGUCCACAAGUAUAG